AUGGCUGAAGCCAUUCCUGAUGAAGAGCAAUCCAACUACGAAACCUUCCGCGACUGUCUGAGCGAGCCUGUUCUGAAAGCGCUGGCAGCGCCUAUUGAAAAGCCAAAACCGAAGAAGAAAAGACAUGCAAAGAAGGGAUCACAGGGCAUUAAGAACGAUGUCGUUCAGGAAGAGACAUCCCCCGCGGCCGUGAAACCCAGCUCAGAAGCCCAACAAGCAGACGCAGAGGACCUUGGCGAAUUCAUCGAAUACCUCAGCACUCUCGUCUUUCCCUCCCUUCCCCCAGACCUCCGCAUCCUAACCCACGCACUCUACAAAGACUCGGCCCGCCUCCAAGAAACCUACACACCGCCCCUCUCCGCCUCCACAACAACCCACCUCCUAAACACAAUCCCACCCCCCGCAAUCGACAGCUUGCAAUCCUACGCCCUCCUCCCUCCCAUCUCCGACUCAAUCGACCAACACAACCUCCUCACCCCCAUCCUAACCGCCUACAUAACCGCAUGCAUCGCCCCGCCACCCAUCUGGAGCUCCACGCGCACCACGGCAUGCGAGCUAUGCAGCCGUGAUUGGGUGCCGUUGACGUACCACCAUUUGAUACCCAAGCAGGCGCACGCGCGCGUCUUGAAGCGCGGGUGGCAUACAGAGGAUAAAUUGAACUCGGUGGCGUGGCUGUGUAGGGCGUGUCAUAGUUUUGUUCAUCGGUUGGCGGGGAAUGAGGAGUUGGCAAAGAGUUACUAUACGGUUGAUCUGAUCAAAGAUGGAGGCAUCGAGGAGGAUGCGGACAAGAGGGCGGAGGUGGAGGGGUGGAUGCGUUGGGUUGGGGGUGUGAGGUGGAAGAGUCGGUGA